AUGUCCACGUAUGAAGACGAUCAUAAUAUAAACACAUCAACAACUCCUUCCAACAACGAUAAUAGACAUGGAAGACAACAUCAAACUUUAUCAACCAUAAUCGAUUCUUUUUUGACACAAGAUACACAGCAGGGAUCUUCAGAAAAUUCUCAUGAAGCCUUCACAAAUGCAUUGAGAGUAAUGAAUACGGAAGAAGGACUGACCUUAGCGCUAGAGCUUAUGAAUUCGUUGGAAAAUUCAGAGCUUAAUUUGAACGAUAAUAAAGAGAAAGGUGUAUCACAGGAUUUUUUGGAUUCUUUGGAGAGGGUAUCAAUUAACGAUUUACCGAAUAAGGAUACGGCAGAUUGUCCUAUAUGUACCAAUAAGUUUAUUGAUGAUAAGUACCCACUAUUAGUCAAGUUACCGUGCAGUGUUCAACAAAUAAACGGAAAGAAGGCAAAAGGUCACAUAUUUGAUUUGGAAUGUAUUGGCCCUUGGUUAAAAAUGAAUUCCACUUGUCCUUUGUGUAGAUUCGAUGUGUUAGAAGUUAAUAAGAAGAGGAAAGAAAAACUAGAAGAAGAAUUGAGGAAGGCCAAAGAGGAGGAUGACGAAGAAGAAGAAGAAGAAUACUGGGAUGAUUACGGUUAA